AUACUCUGUUUAAUACGUUGGACAUUUUUUAUUUAUCUUAAAAUUGUGGAUAAGUUAUCAUUGUUUGUUAUGUUUUUUAUUCUGUAUUAAGAAAUAAAUUUAACGGCAUUACUGUUAAACUUUAGGAAAUUCAUCAAUGGACAAAAUUGUUGAGAAAGUUGAGAAUUAUGUAGACCACUACAGAAAACUUGAAGAAGAUCUGAAUGAGUUAGAAAGCGAAUGGCAGGUUCUAAAGAGGAGAAAAACUGACGUUAAUUCAAGAAUACAAGUAGAGGUUCACUCGGGCCAAGUGGUCAAAGAAGAAGUAAAGGGAUGGCUUGAAGAUGUUCGAAAGAUGGAACAAGACAUACAAGAUGUUAAAGAAAGAGCAAUCACAGUUCCAUACUACAAACGUGCUAGUCUUGAUGAAGAUGUGCAUAAAAAAAUUGAAGAGGUGAAGAGGAUUCAAGAGAGGGGCAAUUUCAAAGGAGGCCUUGGGAUUGAGAGAGCUCCAGCUUGUGGAAUUGAAAUUCCAACAGAAAACUUAGAGGGUGAAAUUUCUACUAAAGAUGAAAUUUGGGAGCACUUGAUGGGCAAUAAAGUUGGAAUGAUUGGGGUUUGUGGUAUUGGUGGCGUCGGUAAGACUACAAUCAUGAAGCAUGUUAACAAUGAUUUGUUGACAGGGAGUAGAUUCCAGAAAGUGAUUUGGGUUACUGUAUCAUAUCCUCUCAAUGUUUUUGAAUUACAAAAGAAGAUUGCUGGUAAAAUGAAAGAAACACUUCCAGAAGAUGAAGAGGUGAUGAUGCGAGCAGCAGCACUAAUGGAAAUAAUGAGAAGAGUGAGAUUUGUGUUGAUAUUAGAUGAUGUAUGGGAAAGGUUCACUCUCAGCGAUGUUGGAAUUCCGGAACCGACGGUGCAAAAUGGGUGCAAAGUAAUUAUUACUAGUAGAUCGACAGACGUAUGCAGUUAUUUAGAUUGUAAGAUUGUCAAAGUGCAACCUCUUUCACAAGAGGAGUCUCUAACUCUAUUCCUCAAUCAGGUUGGGCAUGAUGUUUUACAAAUUUCUGGGCUGGAAAAAAUCUUGCAGAUUAUUGUGAAGGAGUGUGCUGGUUUACCACUCGCUAUUGUUGUGAUAGCAGGGAGCAUGAAAGGAGUGGAUGAUAUUAAGGUGUGGAGAAAUGCACUGACUGAAUUACAAGAAUGUGUUAAGAGUGUGAAAGGUUCAGAAGACGAGAUAUUUAUGCGGUUAAAAUUUAGUUUUGAUCGUUUGCCUGAUGAGAAAAUCAAGAAUUGUUUUCUUUAUUGCUCUUUGUUUCGCGAAGAUUAUUCAUUUCAAAGGGAGGAAUUGAUAGAAGGUUGGAUUGAUGAAGGACUAAUGGAUGGAUUGAGAAGCAGGGAAGCAGCUUAUGACAAGGGCCAUGCCUUUUUAGAUGUUCUUGAAAAGAAUAGCUUGUUAGAGAAACAUUUCGAGACGUCAAUUAAGAUGCAUGAUGUUGUGAGAGACAUGGCUAUUAGAAGCAUUGGUCCUGGAGUUGGAUAUAUGGUAAAAACUGGUAUGAAAUUGACAAAUGUACCAAAUGAACAUGAGUGGGCUAGAGAUCUUAAUAAGGUAUCUCUAACGGCAAAUGACAUUUCAAAAAUUUCGAUUGGAUUGCCUCCAAAGUGUCCAACAUUGUCAACUUUGAUAUUAUCCAACAAUCCUUUGAAAGAGAUUCCAGAAUCUUUUUUUGAGGAUAUGAGUCAACUCAAGGUUCUUGAUCUUUCUAGAACUCGUGUUAAAACUUUACCUAGUUCCAUCUCUAAGCUGAAGUAUCUCUCUGCAUUGCGGUUAAAGGGGUGCGAAAAGUUAAAGUGCUUGCCUUCCUUGGAGAAGCUUGUGGCACUGAAGAAGUUAGAUCUGGAAUGGGUAGGAAUUGAGGUGGUCCCUCAAGGCAUGGAGAUGUUAGUAGGUCUUGAAUAUCUUAAUUUAUGGUCUACAAAAUUGAAAGAGUUUCCAACAGGAAUAUUGUCUAAAUUAUCUAGUCUCCAGUAUUUGGUGGUAACAAACAUAAGGGGAACAAACCAAGGGGGACCUAUUGUAAUGAUAAACUCAGAAGAGGUUGCUAAAUUGAGAAAGUUGGAGAUUAUGCAAUGUAAUGUUGAAGACAUGCAAGACUUCAAUUAUCUUAUGAGGGAGUUUAAAAAUUUUCAGAGUUUUAUUGUUUACGAGCUUCGUGUGGGAACAAAAAUGGACCUUGGUAUGGAUUAUUAUAAUCCUAAACAUAAAUGUGUACUUAUAAUUAGUGAGUGUGACAUUAGAGAAGAAUGUAUAGUGCUUCCAGAUAAACUUAGGCAUUUGCGGAUCCAUAAAUGUAAAAACCUCAGAAGCAGCUUCAACAAGACAGCUUUGUUAGAGAAUGCAACCGAGUUGGGUGGUUGUAUUAUUAGUGAUUGUGAAGAGACAGAGUACGUGGUUGAGUUGGAUUCAUCCUUUUCCUCAUCGUGUAAACCAGUACUUGAUAAGCUUGAAAAGCUGUGUCUUUGGGAUUUGCCUAGGUUGUGGGCACUCGUGAGAGUGGAAGGAGUAGCAACACCGCCACGUGUCUUUUCCAAUCUUAAGACACUUUAUAUAAGGAAAUGUUCAGGAAUGAGGAAGUUGCUUCCACUUGAGCUACUGCAGGCCUUCCAAAACUUAGAGAUGAUUGAAGUUGAUGGCUGUGAACAAAUGGAGGAGAUAAUAGCCUCAUCAGAUUCAGAUGCAUCAUCGGAUAAAUUCAGUUUCACUUUUCCGAAAUUAAGUCACUUGAAGUUGCAGUGGUUACCCCAAUUGAAGAGCAUCUGUAAUGCCAAAGGAGUUAUGGUUUGCGAUUCUAUUAAAUCCAUUUUGAUAAGGAAAUGUCCUGAGUUAAAGAGGAUCCCUGUGCAGCUUCACCUGCUUGAUAAUGGCCAACCAUCUCCUCCUCAUCUCAAAGAAAUCUACAUUAAUGAAGAGGACAAAGAAUGGUGGGAAUCAGUGGAGUGGGAUCAUCCUAACGCUAAGAACAUACUCCAACCCUUUCUUCAAAUAUUAUGGUGAGAAAACCAUAGACCAGUAGAUGUGUGUAAAUAAUAAGUCACGUGCAACCCCAAUAACACGUGGCAGUAAAAGCCUUUCAUAUACAACACAUGACGGGAGAGCUGAUGUUGGAGGUGGUAUUUUGGAAGAGAUGAGAUUGAGAUGCAUCCACCCUCUGCUGUUAUGUCUCAUCAACUCCAACGAUGGUCUCUUAUCAAGCAAAGGCAACUUCUCUUGGUGGAGCAGCAAAGCAAAAGAAAAAUGAGACUCAGGUAGGGCCAGAUUUGAUUGACGAUAUUCUUGUUUUUGUUUCAAUUUAUGUCUUUUAUUUAUUGGAUGGAUUUGGUUUUGUGCGAUUUCAUUUGGUAAUUUGUUUUGUGUUGUAAUUAAGUUGUCAAGCAUGUUGUGUUAUGGGAUUUUUACUCUAUUUGAUUGAUAUAAUGUGACUCUCUUAUCAAUUUGAAAUGUAAUUUUUGUAAUUCCUUUUGUGUUUGAUAUAUUUUUGUAAUUUCAAAUUCCCUUUGCUUUGCUGACUUGAGCAUUGAAUUGAAGCACACUCUGGCAGCCCUUCAUCGUCGGCCUUGUUUCACUUUUUGAACGGUAAAGAGUGUUCGAUUUAGGAAUCAUCAAAACAGAAAAGGCAGGGCAUGGUGGAAGAUUAUAGCUUUAAAAUAAUUGCUCAGCUCUCAUGAAUUCCUGGUAAGUAUAUUUUGACUUGUUUACUGCAUUUCAUUCUCUUCAUUUUUUCUUUUGCUUGUUCCCUAGAGUUUUAUUGGUUGGUUAUUUGAUGGUAAUUGUAUUAAGUAGGCCAAAUUUUUCAAAAAGUAAGUUUAGCAGAAUUGUGGAUGAUAAGAUUGGUUAAUAUCUAUGGAUGAGACACCAUUUUUCUUUUAUUAUUCCAUUUCACUUUCUUCAUUUUUUUUCUUAAUUUUGGGUUUUAUUGCA